AUGGACUACGCAAUAAGGAAGGACGAACAUGCUGCAAUUACUGCUACUAGCAAUGAUGCUAAGAUCACACUAUAUGAAACAUGGGAGAGAUCCAAUCGUCUCAGCAUCAUGUUCAUUAUGUCCAAGAUCCCUAUGGGAAUGCGUGGAUCAGUUGAGCAACCUGAGAAAGUUAAAGACUUGAUCAAAAUGAUCGAUGAGCAGUUCAACACUUUGGACCAACCAAUUAACAACAACCUCAUCCACAAUUUCUCAUCAACAAAGCUCACUGGUAUCAAAGGAGUUAGAGAACAUAUCUCAAAGAUGAGGGUCAUUUAUGCUCAACUAAAGAAACUCGAUGUAGUCACUCCUGAAACUUUCCUGGUUCAUUACAUCCUUAACAAUCUUCCACUUUAA